AUGUUCUCCGCUGCUUUCACCAGAAGCUGGUUUUAUCGGACUUCCAUGGGCUGGAAGGUCCAGCGGUGGCAGAAGAUGGAGAGCGCCCAGGCCAUUCGUGCUGCUCUCAUGCGCACCUACAGCGGCAUUGCGCUGCGUGCCCCCAAGGAGCAGCUGCUCACCCGCGUGGAUAAAGAAAUCCGGGAGAGAGCCCUGCAGGUUUGCACGCACGUGCUGGGAGCUUGCAAGGAGCGAUUCGAGCUCAUGAGAGGACGUCCUUGCAAGCGGUUCGGCUCCCUGGUGGGAUUGCUGGCGACUCUGACCAGCGACUGCCUGGCCACGUCCCGCCAGAGGGCAUGGGUCUGCCUUGGCUACCUUCUCCAAAUGCAAGCCAGGACCAUGGAGGUGGUGCCUCAGGCAGAUGAGAUCAGGUGCCUUGGUGAGGAGCUGAACAGCCCAGACACCGUGCAGACCUGUGCCAAAAUAGCAAAGGCUGUUUGCAAGUGCAUCCCUCCAGCGCAGGCUACAGACUUUCUGACUGCGGUCCUGCACAGCUUGCUGCACGUCACACCCACGUGUGUGAAGCCACUAUGGAAGUGGGUGUUCAUCUUCCUGGUGGAAUGGCACGCAGCUGCUCAUACGGUUGGGGCCAGGCACGUGCAGUGA